AUGGCCAAAUCUCAACAGGAGCCUAUUGCAAUCAUCGGUACUGCUUGUCGAUUUCCCGGGGGCUCAGAUACCCCAUCAAAGCUCUGGGAGCUGCUCAAAGCGCCCCGCGACCUUCUCAAGCGCCCUCCAGCCGACCGUUUCGAUUCAUCCGCAUUCUACAAUCCCGACCCUACCCACCAUGGCACCAGUAACUGCCAGGAGUCGUAUUUCCUAGAGGAAGACAUAUGGAAAUUUGACGGCAUCUUCUUUAAUAUUCAGCCUGCCGAGACCGAGGCUAUCGACCCUCAGCAGCGCCUCCUUAUGGAGACAGUCUACGAUUCUUUGCUCGCUGGUGGCCAGACCAUGGAGGGUCUUAAAGGCUCAUCUACUGCUGUAUAUGUCGGCCAGAUGUGUGAUGACUGGGCUCAGCUAUCUACUCGCGACUGGGAGAUUCUGCACACCUAUACAGCCACCGGUACCAGCCGUUGUAUCGUCUCAAACCGGAUUUCCUAUUUCUUCGAUUGGCAUGGUCCAAGUAUGACAAUCGACACCGCUUGCUCAUCAUCGAUGGUGUGUGUUCACCAGGCUAUUCAAGCCCUUCGAAGUGCCGAGUGCCGAGUCGCCAUUGCGGCAGGUACCAACUUGAUUCUGAGUCCCGGAAUGUACAUUGUCGAGAGCAAGCUCAAUAUGCUCUCUCCUACAGGGAGGAGUCGCAUGUGGGAUGCCGAUGCCGAUGGCUAUGCUCGAGGUGAGGGGGUCGCAUCCGUUGUAUUGAAAACUCUGAGCGCCGCUCUCGAAGACGGUGAUCAUAUCGAGUGUAUUAUUCGCGAAACCGGAAUCAACCAGGACGGCCGCACUGCCGGUCUGACGAUGCCCAGUAACACGGCCCAGGCGGAUCUUAUCCGGGACACCUACGCCCGGGCUGGGCUGGACAUCAAUGAUCCGAAAGACCGCCCGCAAUUUUUUCACGCGCAUGGAACUGGAACCCCCGCGGGAGACCCGCAAGAAUCCGAGGCCAUCUCGCGUGCGUUCUUCGAGAGCGGCAAAGUGACUGACACACUAUAUGUCGGUUCGCUCAAGACCAUCAUCGGGCAUACCGAGGGUACGGCUGGCAUUGCCAGUAUAAUCGGUACCUCCCAAGCACUACAGCACGGCAUCAUCCCUCCGAACAUGCAUUUUAACACGCUGAGCACCCGCGUCGAGCCAUUCUAUACCUAUCUCGAAGUCCCUACCGAAGCCAAGGACUGGCCCAGUCCUGUACACGGCCAACCCCGUCGUGCGAGUGUGAACAGUUUUGGGUUUGGAGGCACAAAUGCGCACGCCAUUCUUGAAGCCUACGAGGCUCCUCAACCGGCCAAACAGGUGAUCGCCCCGGCAUUCACUCCGCUUGUCGUCUCAGCUGCUUCUAAGAACUCUCUUCGUGCCAUGCUUUCGGAGCUGCGGGACUUCCUGACGGCCAAGCCAGAUACCAAUAUGCGCGAUCUAGCAUACACGCUCCACACGCGCCGCUCAACUUUGCAAUUCCGUCAGGUGAUUGCCGGUAUAGAUGUGCAGGAAGUCAUCGACAGGAUCAACAGCGUUCUUGCUGAGGAUGACCCGGCUGCGGGCAUAAGUAUCCGGUACCAUGCCAUCCCCACUCCCAAAGUUCUGGGUGUAUUCACAGGCCAGGGAGCUCAAUGGCCACGCAUGGGAGCACAGCUGAUUCUGACUUCGCCAUUUGCGGCCGAACGUCUGGCAGAGCUGGAUCAUACCUUGUCCAGUCUCCCCAAAGAGGAUCGGCCGAAGUGGUCGCUCAAAGCCGAGAUACUUGCCGACCCAUUGGUGUCCCGGCUCUCGGAAGCCGUCAUCUCUCAGCCUCUGUGCACGGCCGUGCAGAUCCUACUCGUCGACAUGCUGAAGCUGGCGAGGAUUAAGCUGCAUGCCGUGGUUGGCCACUCAUCUGGCGAAAUCGGGGCUGCAUACGCGGCUGGUUUCCUCACAGCCAAGGACGCUAUUCGAAUUGCCUACUAUCGUGGCGUAUACGCUACGCUUCACCAGUCCCCAAAUGGCGCCAAGGGUGCGAUGAUAGCGGUCGGUACUUCAUAUGAAGAUGCUCUCGAGUUCUGCGAGCUCGAGGACUUUGAAGGAAGGCUCCAAGUAGCAGCUCGUAAUUCUUCGGCCAGCAUCACCCUCUCCGGUGACGAAGAUGCCAUUACCGACGCCAUUCAAAUCUUCGAGGAUGAGCGCAAGUUUGUUCGUCGACUCAAGGUUGACACUGCGUACCACUCGCAUCAUAUGCAGCCCUGUGCAGCUCCGUACCUCGACGCUUUGAAGAAAUGCAACAUAGCUAUUGCUGGUGGUGGUGGUCCAACGUGGUAUUCAAGUGUUGUCGAGGGCGAGGUUAUGACCAAGGAGAGGCUCAGCCCCAAAUAUUGGGUGGACAACAUGACACAGCCUGUUCUCUUCGAUCUAGCCGUCACUGCAGCAGCGGAGGAUGCAGGACCGUUUGACCUUACCUUGGAGAUCGGUCCGCAUCCGGCCUUGAAAGGUCCAGCUCUGGAGACGCUCGAGGAAGUCGGCUCACGAGCGCCAUAUUCUGGCUUGCUUUCUCGGGGCAAGAAUGACAAUGUUGAGUUUUCCUCGGCACUUGGCUUCACUUGGAUGCAACUAGGCGCUGGGUCCGUCGAUUUUGAGACAUUUGAGAAGACAAUCUCCGGCGCUGGGCAUCCCAAAUCACUCCUGGCCGAUCUGCCCAAGUAUCCUUUCGAACACCCACGCUCGCACAUGAAGCUGACCCGCUUGUCGGGGGGGCACGCAAAUGUCCACUCCCCUCCCCACCCACUUAUCGGGCGCCGAUGCAAUGAGCGUGAAACGACGCAAGAGAUUCAGUGGCGCAACUUUCUGCGUCUAGACGAAAUAAGCUGGCUCAGUGGACACAAACUGCAGGGCCUGACGGUCUUCCCCGCGACGGGCUAUAUCGCCAUGGCUGUUGAAGCCAUGGCCAUCCUCGCUUCCAACAAGCCAAUUGGUCUCAUCAGCCUAGAGAACUUUGUUAUUGGGCACGCCAUGACUUUUCCUGAGGGUCUGCCGGGCAUGGAGUGUUUGGUAACUCUAAGUAUCGUCCGAGGAACGGACGAUGAACUCUGCGCCGAGUUUACCUGCUCUUCGGGCAAUCCCUGGGACAUCUCGUCCUCGAUGCUCUUGAAUGCAAAAGCCACCAUCACCGUAGCCUUUCACGAGCCUUCCCCGGAUACUCUGCCAAGCGUGCAGACCGAAGAAGAUCUUAACUUAGCUGAGAAGAAGGUGGAUAUCGAGCGGUUCUACAGCCAGCUCACGCGUCUCGGGUAUAACUACAGCGGAUCAUUCAAAGCCGUUAAGAGCAUUCGUCGACACAAGGAUUUUGCAACUGGCACUCUCGAGGAUGAGUCGGAGGACAAAUGGGAGGAUCAGCUUAUUCUACACCCGUGCUGGAUGGAUACUGCGCUUCAGACCUGCUUGGCUGCUUACUCUUACCCCCGUGAUGAGCGCCUCUGGACGGUGCACGUCCCUACGUCUAUCCCGUCGAUUCUGAUCAACCCAUACUUCACACGCCUGGGACGGGGGUGCAAGCAGAGUAUCAUGGGAUUUCAGUCCGUCGCCCACGAACCCCGGAACGGCCAGAUGAGUUGCGAUGUUGAUGUCCUCGCCGGGGAAGAUGGGUCCCACACGUUCAUCCAGAUGGAGUCGCUUGAGAUGAAGCCAUUCUCCCCCGCCACCCCAGAUUCUGACGCGCUUCUCUUCUCUAACUUUGUCUACAAACCUGCCGUACCGAACGGGGAGGCAGCCAUCAGUUCCGAGGAUGUGCUGCCGCCUGAGAAGGCCGCCGUGCUUCUCGGGCUUGAACGCAUGGGUUUCUUCUAUCUUCGUCGCCUCAUUCAAGAAAUCACGUCCGAGGAGAGGGCCAAUGCCCUCCCGCAUUUCAAGCAUCUCCUGAACUGGGCCGAGUAUGUAGUGGGGGUUGUUUCCAGCGGGAAGCACCCCAAUGUGCCGCAGGAGGCAGUGAAUGACAGCCACGAGACGAUCAAAGCCAUUACCCGAAAAUGGCCCCAGGCCAGCGACGUUCGUCUGCUGGCGGUCGUCGGUGAAAACAUCAUUGAGCAAGUCCGACAGAACGGCAGCAUCCUAGAGUCCAUGAUGAAGGAUGAUGCUCUCACCCACUACUACCAAGACUCCACGGGCCUCGAGACGGCCAAUACUUGGAUCGGUUGCAUGGUCGCCCAGAUUGCCCAUCGCUCUCCGCAUCUGCGCAUUCUGGAGAUAGGUGCCGGCACUGGAGGCGCUACUCAUUCCAUUCUGUCGGCCCUGAACGGUGCCUUCUCUUCGUACACCUUUACCGAUAUCUCGGCGGGCUUCUUUGAACGUGCCCAGGAGCGAUUCAAGGCUUUGGGGGAGCGCAUGAUCUUCAAGACGUACGACAUGGAGAAGCCACCAGUCGAGCAGGGUUUUGUCGAGGGCUCGUAUGAUCUCGUCCUCGCAUCCAAUGCGCUGCACGCCACGGGAAAGUUAGAUGAGAUGAUGGCAAACACCCGGCGGCUGCUCAAACCAGGCGGGUACCUGAUCCCGCUGGAGAUCAUCUCGAAUGACUCUCUGGGGACUGGGACAACCAUGGGUGGUCUGCCGGGGUGGUGGGCGGGAGCUGGACAUGACGAACGGCGUCGUAGGGGCCCAUUAUUGACGCUCCAGCAAUGGGACAUGUUAACGCGUGCGCAUGGGUUUGGUGGUGUCGACACGGCCACACCACAGAUGCACAGGCUUGUGCCAAUUUGCGUCUUCGCCUGUCAAGCCCUCGAUGAGCGAGUGAGCGCACUGCGGGCCCCCCUUUCUCAAGUUUCAGCCGACCUCACCCCUUCUCUCUCCUCAACAACCUUGAUCGUCAUAGGGGGAUGUACGCCCGAAUCUCGAAAACUUGCAGAUCAGGCGUGCGAGCUGCUUGGGCCGGAGCAGACGCAGAGAUAUGCGAAAACAACUCGUCUUACUUCUCUGGAAGAGCUCACUGAGCUAAACCUACCGAUUUCCAGCUCGGUACUUUGCCUCAGCGACCUUGACGAGCCUUUCUUGCAGGCGAGAUCUCCCUCCAAGCUGGACAACCUGAGAACCCUUUGGCGCCGGAGCGGGAGCAUCUUGUGGGUCAGCCGUGGGAUCCGCGACGACAAUCCGUACGCUUCCAUGGUCCUUGGAUUGUCGCGGGUGAUGCGCUCUGAGUAUCCCAAUAUCAAUCUCCAGAUGCUCGAUCUUGACGUUGUCGACGCUCAGACUCCGCAGACAUUGGUGGAGGCGCUCAUCCGGCUGGAGAUUUUGGGGAUGUACAAGGACACAAAUAGUACUGGGGGUGAGUUCCUAUGGUCCUUAGAACCGGAGGUAUUCUACGAGAACAACCAGCUUCUCAUCCCUCGUAUGUAUCCGAAUAUAGAAGCCAAUAACCGCUACAACACGUACCGUCGAAGCAUUCAUCAGACUAUCAACCCCAACAAGCAGAUUGCCGCCCUAGAACCCAAGGGAGAGUCGUAUGAACUAUCAAGUGUGUCGCCUAUUCGUCUCCCAACCUUUGAUGCGUUCCCGGAGGGCCGCAAGACCGUCCAGAUUUCCCACUCGCUCCUCCAGAUUAUCAAGGUUCACAAUGCAGGGUUCUUCAUGCUAUGUGUAGGAACCGACACUGCCACUGGUCAAAAUCUCAUUGCCUUGUCGGACCGAGCCGAGACUCCUGCACCGAUUCUGGCUGAGUGGGCGAUCCCAGUAUCCAGUCCUUCAACGGAGACCAUUAUCUCGAUCGCUGCACACAUUCUCGCCAAAAGCAUCAUUGCCGUUGCGCCCCCAGCUAGUCGUAUCCUCAUCCACGAAGUCGAUGCCGUCCUAGGCGAUGCCAUCACUAAGGAGGCCGAGCAAUCUGGCAUCAAGGUCUGGUUCUCUUCAUCGGUCAAGGGUAACAAGGUGAAGAAUUCUAUCUUCGUGCACCGCAAACUUCCAACGCGCUUGAUAACGAAGCUUCUCCCGAGCGAUAUCUCACUUUUCAUCAACCUGGCCCAGGUUCCCGGUGCCGACGAGGUAGGUGAGAUUAUCGCCAGAUGCCUUCCGCACCACACGCAGACUUAUAGGUCGUCUGAUUUCGUCAGGAACGAGACAAUGGUCUUUGCUGGAGCUUCCAUCGAGUGCAUCCAUGAAGCCAUCGAGACGGCUUGGCAAACCAGUCAAGGGAGGAGUUCAUCAUUCGAGAACGAGAUGCCGAUUAUACCCCUACAAGAGGUCGGCAGCCAUUCAAUCAUUGGAAAGCCACUAAGAGUCGUGGAUUGGAAUGUCUCAUCGGUCGAGAUUUCGCUCAGGGCAAUCGACACCGGAAACAUCUUCCGCGCUGACGGGACAUACUUCCUUGUCGGCCUCUCGAGUGAACUUGGACAGUCACUUUGCCGGUGGAUGGUCGCACAUGGUGCUCGGAACGUCGUUCUGUCCAGUCGAACGCCCAAGGUCCGCCCAGCUUUCAUCAAGAUGAUGGAAAGGUUAGGUGCCACAGCCAAGUUCAUGUCUUUGGACAUUACGAGCCGUGAUUCCCUUCAUUCCUGUUACCAAGAGAUCUGCCGUACGAUGCCACCCGUGAUUGGAGUUGCCAACGGCGCCUUGAUUCUCGAAGAUUCGCUCUUUGACAAUCUCACUUGGGAAUCCUUCGACCGCCAGGUGGCGCCCAAGGUUGACGGCAGCAAACUGCUCGACGAACUGUUCUACACGGCCGAGCUCGACUUCUUCAUCCUCUUCACGUCGCUCGGGAACAUUAUGGGAAACACGGGUCAGGGAAGUUACGUUGCGGCAAAUCAGUACAUGGUCGCCUUGGCGGCGCAGCGCAAGAAACGCGGUGUCGCUGGUUCGACAAUCGCUAUCAGCACGCUCCUGGGGAUCGGAUAUGUCGAAAAUUCCGAGAACUUCAAUUCUGUCGACUUCACCUCGCUCGGUGGCUACCGAAACGUGUCGGAACAGGAUUACCUUCAGCACUUCGCGGAAGGCAUCAGGGUUGGCAAGCCAGACAAUCCUGAGAACUCGGAGAUCGCCACUGGUUUAGUGCCCACCUACGAUGACGGCAGCAGCCAGAAUUACCGAGCCCAGUUCUGCCGCGAUCCCAAGUUUGUCCAUUUCCUGAUGGAGAAACCCGAGACUCAGGUCCUCACUAGCAACACUGCACUGGUACCAGUUCGUGUUCGUCUCGCAGACGUAGAUACCAAAGAGGAAGCUACCGUGGUCAUUAAAGAAUCCUUCAUUUCCCGUCUAAAAGGGAUUCUCCAAAUCCCGCAAGAUGGAUUAGUCGACGAGAGGGCUACACUAGUGGAACAGGGUGUCGAUUCCAUAAUGGCCGUUGAUAUCCGUACCUGGUUUCUGAAGGAGUUAGAUAUCGAUAUCCCAAUUCUGCUGAUUCUCAGCGCCACCGCCACCAUCGACGAGCUUGUUGAUAAAUUCAUGAAUAGCAUCCCCCCAGAUACGCCGUGGGUUACCUGGGAGAAGCCGACUUUGACAAACGGAGAUUUAUAUAAGCCGGCACUAGUAAAUGGAGAUUCGUAA